AUGAAAUCUCCAAAAGUUUUACUUUUCCUCGUUGGAAUUAUAUGCAUCAUAUCGAAAAAGACAAUACACUGUGUGGAACCAGUGGAAUUCUGGGAUGACGACGACGAUGAUGAUUAUGUAUCCGAUGGUGACUAUAAAGCUGGUGCUGCUAACAACAAAGAUUCUGGUGGUGAAAUUAAGAAUAAUCCAGAUGAUGGAGGUUGGUGGAACUGGUUAACGAACAACCAAGAGCAAGAUGAACAUACCGAAACCUCGACCAACAAGCUUGACACUACUCUUCAAUCUAAAUCGACUGCAACAAGUCUUUCUUUAAAUUCAGACAGUACAAGUCCAAGUAUUCUAAGUGAUACAUCAACAUUAAAUACAUUCCAGUCAGCUGAAUCAAAUGUGGGUGGAAAUGAUCAGAAACAGGUGAAUGAUACCAAUGGAAAUGAAGAAACUAGUAAAUCUGAUUCAAGUUCUGAGGAUUUGACAAGUAGUGAGGAUUUGUCGAGCUCUUCUUCCGAAGACCCAAGUAGUAAAUCUGAUUCAAAUUCCGAUUCAAGUUUUGAUACAAGUUCUGAGAACUCGUCGAGUUUUUCAUCUGAAGACACGAGUAGCGUUUCAAAUGGUUCAAGUGAAGAGUCAUCAGAAUCAAAUGAAUCAAAGGAAGAGGAAUUAAAUAAUGAAGAGAAAAUUGAUAAUGAAAAUAAUAACAAGAUUGACUUUGAUGACAAGAUUAAUAAUGAUAACAGUAAUGAUGUCGAUGAUGUGAUUGAAGACGUUGAGAGUACAUCCAGUGUGGAGGAUAAGGAAAAAGAAACAUGGUCAGAAUGGUUCGAACAUAUAGUUGGAAAUCUAGUUAAUGGUGACGAUAAUGAUAAUAACGACGAUGGUGAUGAUGUUUCAGAUGAUGCUAGCAAUGACAGUCUAGAUGACAACGCAGAGUUCAACAAUUAUAAUGAUGAAGAUAAUAAAGAUGAUCAAAUAGAGACGAAUACUAGUGAUAGUCACGAAACUGGAGAUGAAGUCCCUGGUGAUAACCCUGUUGAACAAGAUGGUGACAAUUUCAACAAAGAUGACAGCACAACGAUACCACAAACGACCUCCCAAACGCAAUACCAAACAAGCACAAACUACCAAAGGAGUACUGAAAUACCAAUUGAGACUCCUCUCACAACUGUUGAUACAAACUUCCAAACGAUGAUUCCUUCAGUCAGUCCGGUAAAUGAUAACAAUGAUCACAUGGACAACGGUCAAGAGGUUGUCGGGGAAGAAGCUCCAGAUCUUAAUGCUGCUGUAUUGGGUGAUGACGAAGAACAUAUAGUUGAUGAAGCGGUAAAUGCAGGCCAAAUCAUUCCCGAAGGGGCAUUUCCUAAUCCUCUCUUCCAAGUACCAAAGGUAGACGAUCAGGACACCCUCGAGCAUACCGACAAUAUUAGUUGUAAAGAUGUACCGAUUGUAGUAGCUGAAACCUGUGACAUCCCUGAUGUGAUCGUAGAAAAAUACAACAAAGAUAUAACAAUAGAGGAUGUAAAAGAUUACAUCUUCCACCCAAGUAAAGUGGAGGCUUUGAUCAAGGAUUGUCGUCCAGGGGAAUGGUGUAUGGAAGAAGGCAUACCUUUAACUCAGAUGAACGUGGACGCCAUAUAUGGACUUUGCCCUUUACGCCAAUGCCUCCAUGAGAUAAAUGAAAUGUGUAUGACAGAGGAGAGACUCCUUAUUAGGCAGUCUCUGGCUCUUCUCUGUGAACUCCACGCCAUUGAGACAGUCAGCAUUAAUACCAGUAAUUGCUGCGAUAAAUGUCUCGUGAACGUGAUCGUCGCCUUGCACGUACAAAUGGCUGAUCUCACGAGGCAAGGACGGGAAGGUGUUGAGCAGGAUGUUUGCACAGAGAGUGAUUUCUAUUUCCUCGACACCCUCUGCCUCAGACAACCAUGUUCAAAGACGAUGGCAAGGCUGAUGUGUCUCCAACAAGAAUGUCCAGGCUUUCAGGACCAAUUCAAAACGUUCCCAAAAUGGGGCGGUUUCUUCAAAGACAUCGAUAAUAUAUCCAACGUGUGUUCAGUUGGGAACGCCACUUGUUUCAACAAUUCCUUGGAGGAAUCCAUGAAAGGUCAAAGUGGAAUGAUGGAAAAGUUCAAAACGAUGUUUUGGAAAAACGGAAACUGGAAGACGCUAUCUGGAGUCGCCGCCCUUUUGGGAAUCAGCCUCAUUGGCGUCAUUUGCGUUGUCUUUAUGUAUAUGCGACGUCGUCACAGAGGACAUUCCUAUGACCGGCAGGAUAUCGAGUACAGUGAAGUGAAAUCCUAUGAUCGGUUAUGACAACUAAAUGACGACCUUGUUGUCAUCGAUUCCAGUGAACAGUUUUCUGAGUGACGUUGAUCACGACAAUUACUAGACUUGGUGAUGCAUAGAAAUAAAAUCUGCGAGGCAGCCCAUUUGAUCAGAUGUGGCUACAGUAUUUAUUAAGUGUAGCAUCACAUAAUCGAAAACCAACCAACCAACCAACCAACCACGAUAUUAUCAUUGAAUAUGAAACACUUAAUGCAAUGAUUGGUAGAUUAUUUUAAACCUGGCUUUGAGUUUAAUAGGAAUGUCGGAUUUUGGGUCACAGAAAGGUUUCAAAAACAACGAAAGCAACA